AUGUCUUCACCAUUAAAAUUCCCAUUCAAACAGCAACAGCAACAACAACAACAACAGCGUUCACGUAUUGGAGGUGAUGAUAUUAUGAAUAAACUUGAAAAUGAGAAAUAUAUAGUGAAACAAUUAUUUGAACAAUUAUUAGGAUAUGAUAAUAAUAGUAGUUUUAGUAAUAGUAAUAAUUUAAGAAUAACAAAUCAAAUUAAUAAUUUAUUCAAUGGGAAUUAUGACCCAACCGAACAAGAUAGAUUCAUAAUUAAAAAUUUCACAAAGAUUCAUGAGAUUAUAUUACUAUUAAAAGAUGAAGAGAUAUCAUCAUUUAUUAAAAUUAAAAUCUUGGAUCAAUUAAUUCAAAUUCUAAGUUACUCUUCAAAUAAUACAAUCAAUCUAAUUCAAUCAACAUCACCAAUAAAUAAUAAUAAUAAUGUUAACUAA